AUGAUUUGCUAUGAGAGAUGGCUUUUUAAAUUUAUCAUGUUAGCCAUGCUAUCGACUGUUACUAUUUCCGUACGGAGAUUUACUGCUCUUGAUCAAAAAAAAGAUCUUCUUCCGACUGUUCCAUCAUUAUUCCAUGGAAUAACCUGCAAUUAA